AUGAUCUCAGAAUGUUCCAAAAGAGCUAAUAAUGGGAAAUUUACUCUGCGGGAUCUCCUUGUGGUUCCAAUGCAACGAGUUCUGAAAUAUCAUCUGCUACUUCAGGAGCUGGUAAAGCACACUAAUGACAUAAUUGAGAAGGCAAAUCUAAAGUUGGCCCUUGAUGCAAUGAAGGACUUGGCACAAUAUGUAAAUGAAGUGAAACGAGAUAAUGAAACCCUCCGUGAAAUUAAGCAAUUUCAAUCAUCAAUAGAAAAUUUGAAUCAAUCCCUUUUACUCUAUGGAAGACCACAGGGUGAUGGUGAAGUAAAGAUAACAACCCUGGACAAGCGAGCAAGACAAGAUAGGCAUAUUUUUUUAUUUGACUUGGCCAUAAUAGUAUGCAAACGGAGAGGUGAUAAUUAUGAAAUGAAGGAUAUAAUUGAUCUCCAGGAGUACAAAAUAAACAAUAACCCCACCACCGACAAGGAAAAUAAAAAGUGGUCUUACGCCUUCUACCUCAUCCACACACAAGGACAAAACGGCUUAGAGCUGUACUGCAAAACCAAAGAUUUGAAGAAGAAAUGGCUCGAGCAGUUUGAAAUGGCCCUGUCAAACAUAAGGCCCCAGUAUGCAGAAACAAGUACACACGACUUUAAAAUGUAUACCUUCACUCGUGUAACAUCCUGCAAAGUCUGCCAGAUGCUUUUGAGGGGAACAUUUUAUCAAGGCUAUUUAUGUUCAAAGUGUGGGGCUGGAGUCCACAAAGAAUGUUUGGGAAGACUCGACAACUGCAGGGUUAAUUUAGUUGAACACGGAACCCUGAAACAUGAGAAACGACUGAAUGGACUUCGAAAGAGUUCCAGGCAUAUGGACUCAGGUUUACCAAAAAUGCAAGUGAUUAAAAACUAUACUGGGACUCCCCAGCCAGUUCCACCAGAUGGUCCUCCAUUAUUCAUCCAGAUUGGAGACAUCAUUGAACUCAUCAAAGGAGAUGCACAUAGCUUAUUUUGGCAGGGUAGAAAUUUAAUGACCCAGGAGCUUGGUUUCUUUCCAAGUGAUGCAGUAAAGCCUUGCCCAUGUGUCCCUAAGCCAGUAGACUAUUCUUCUCAGACAUGGUACGCCGGAAAAAUGGAAAGAUUACAAGCAGAAGCAGAACUUAUUAACCGGAUAAACAGCACUUACUUAGUACGGUAUAGGACUAAAGAAUCAGGAGAAUAUGCCAUUAGCAUUAAGUACAAUAAUGAAGUGAAGCACAUCAAGAUAUUCACAAGAGAAAGCUUUUUUCACAUUGCAGAAAAUAGAAAAUUUAGAAGUUUAAUGGAACUUGUGGAAUAUUACAAACAUCAAUCUCUCAAAGAAGGCUUCAGAAGUUUGGAUACUACUCUUCAGUACCCGUACAAGGAAUGUGAAAAUACCCAGGAUCAAAGGAGCCACCGGGCAAGUAGCAAUUUGCUGAGUCCCAAAGUCCUCGGGAUAGCCAUCGCUCGCUACGAUUUCUGUGCAAGAGACAUGCGUGAAUUAUCCCUGCUCAAAGGGGAUGUGGUCAAAAUUUACACAAAAAUUAGUGCCAAUGGCUGGUGGAGAGGUGAAGUCAAUGGAAGGGGGAGCACUGUGUCGACAGGGCACAGUGCUUCUAAGAUAUACAAGGAUAUGACCGGCUUGAGAUUUAUUGAGUUGGGGCUGGUACACAUGUGCAUUACUAACAUCAGACAAAGAGAUCGUUCAACCAACAAAGGUUACAGAGCAACGUUCACUAAAGCACAGUUGGAAAAGGGGAUUAAGGGGCUGAAGCAGGCCAAUAUGGCAGCUUUGAAACAGAUUUCCUUAUACCCACAAUGCACUGACAGCAAAGAAUGCCUCUAUUUGGUUGGUCCACACACUGGGAAGAGGUACGGAGGCACACCAGUUUGA